UUUUAUCAGCUGACGAUUAUUACAUGCACUUGAACCGUACAACUGUCUGCUGGCGUGGCUACGGUUGUAGUGUUUUUUCAAUUACGUAAGAGAUUCGAUGUAGUUCACUGUGUUGAUGUUCAGUUGAAAAUAAAAGUGAGUUCGUUUCGUGAUUAUUAUAUUAAAAAAUUCAGUCGAAAAUGCCACGAUUCAAACCAGUGGAUUCGGACACCUUAGACAUUAUGAAGACUCCUUGUGCUUCGGAAAUAUCUAAACGAAAUGGCUACGUAUAUUGCGAGGAUUAUUUGAUGCCGGGUACGUUCAUCAACGAGGUGGAAGAUUUGGAUAAUUUCGAAGUUUACGAUGACGAUAUUUGGGUAUCCAGUUUUCCAAAAUCAGGGACCACGUGGACGCAAGAAAUGGUCAGUAGUAUUCUAAACGAACCAGAAUCUAACAAGUCAAAGCUCGCAGAACGGUUUCCUUUCAUCGACUUCAAUUUCUUGAUAAAUAAAGAAGUAAGGAAACACAAAGAUCCGGAAUUUUAUGAAAAACUCAUGUCGGUCGUCUCUUAUGAAAAUUUAGCUCAAAGACCACGUCCACGAUACAUAAAAACCCACUUAGCGUUCGAGUUGCUGCCGAGUAAAUUACGACAUAAGGAUUCUAAAACCAAGAUUAUAUAUGUGAUACGCAAUCCACGUGAUACCUGCAUAUCAUUAUAUCAUCAAAAGACAGCGCAUCGAGGUUUUGACGGUACUCUCGAACAGUUCGCUGAAUUAUUUAUCAAAGACUUGGUGACGUAUGGUCCGUAUUGGAAGCACGUUUUGGGCUACUGGAAUCAACGUCAUCGUUCCAAUAUUCUAGUUCUCACGUACGAAGAGAUGAAAAAGGACCUUCCCGAAGUGCUAGUACGUGUAAGCGAGUUCCUAGACAAACCUCUGACAGCCGAGCGAAUCAACCAUCUCUGCCAUCAUCUAAGCUUCGACACGAUGAAAAAUAACCCUCUCGUUAACAGCAUAGCGUUAUCGACGUGGAUACCGUCAAAAGCUCAAGAAAACGGUACCGUCGCAGAUGCAGCAGCGUCCGCAGUCGUCUCCAACGGUCAAGCAACUAACAAUACAGAAACCGAUGAUAAAAAAUCGCAUGCUUCGAGUCAACUCCUACGAUCUGGUAAAGUUAAUCAAUGGAAAGAAACAAUAAAUGACGAACUAAAGGAAAACUUCGAAAAGUGGGAAAUCGCUAACUUGAAAAAUACAGAUUUCCCUUUGAAUUAUGACGUUUAAAAACUUUUUACAACGUACCCCCGUGGCCCUUACUCGAUCGUUCUCUUUUCGAACUCUCUCUCGUUCGCUUCGUAUUCUUUUUGACCGUGUAGUAGGUACGUGGUGGCUGAAAAAAGGUCCACUAUUAUCUCGUACGAUUGUACAGCAUGUGUAACUGUACAGUGUAGUAUAGUGUAUGCUAGCACACUCUAAAAAGUCAGCUCUCUCGUAGUAAUAUAACUAUCGAGUCCAGCCCAGUCGAGCCGCCGACCUCUUCCUAUACACAGACCGAGAUGAUUACAGACAUGUAACAGCACUCCGUGUAAUGAAAGAACGAAAGAAAAAGUUUUUCACCCGCCGUUAUUUUCUCCUCUCUAUAGUACAUCAAACGAAUUCGUUAAUUAAAACGACACGGGAUAUUGUUUUAGGCUUUUUUCCUCCCCCUCUCCCAUGCUUUGCCCCUAUUUUGGCAUUCUUCUAGCUUGGUAUUUUUCUCUGUGUGUGCUGCCUCUGUAUCUCUGCUGCGCCGCUUUUCAUCCACCAACUUUAGUUCGAUUCCUCUUUUUCUUUCUUUUUUGUUGCAUUGCUGUUGUUUUGUUUUCUCUUCUCUUCAUUUUAGUAUAGUUCUCUUUUUUCCUCCACUUUUUGUUUGUUUUUUUGUUUCGUUUUUUUUUUUUUGUUUUUCGUUGUCUUUUGCUACGAUAUAGAAUACGAAUAGAAAGGUUCGUUCGCCUCUAUCAAUACGCAGAGUGAACAUCCAACAAUCGAUACGCGAUAACAAUGCUAUAAAUAAACUAAUCACAUUACUGUGUAAUUAAUCAAUAUAGAUUUUGUUUUCAA